GUGACACCAGCACACAGUUUGUUACUGAACGACGACUGGAGUGAAGCGGCGUUAUGUCUGGCAGAGGGAAAGGAGGCAAAGGACUCGGCAAAGGCGGAGCCAAGCGGCACCGUAAAGUGCUCCGGGACAACAUCCAGGGCAUCACCAAACCGGCCAUCCGUCGUCUGGCUCGGCGUGGCGGCGUCAAGCGGAUCUCGGGUCUGAUCUACGAGGAGACCCGUGGGGUGCUGAAGGUUUUCCUGGAGAACGUGAUCCGGGAUGCGGUCACCUACACCGAGCACGCUAAGCGCAAGACUGUCACUGCCAUGGAUGUGGUGUACGCUCUGAAACGCCAGGGCCGGAGGUCACCUUCAAGCAGGGGAUCUCCCGGCAAAUCUAGAAUGGCCCGGACCAAGCAAACAGCGCGCAAGUCCACCGGCGGGAAAGCUCCCCGCAAACAGCUGGCCACCAAAGCGGCACGGAAAAGCGCCCCAGCCACGGGCGGAGUGAAGAAGCCCCAUCGCUACCGGCCCGGCACCGUGGCUCUGAGGGAGAUCCGGCGCUACCAGAAAUCCACCGAGCUGCUCAUCCGCAAACUGCCCUUCCAGCGCCUGGUGCGGGAAAUCGCUCAGGACUUCAAGACCGACCUGCGCUUCCAGAGCUCGGCCGUCAUGGCCCUGCAGGAGGCCAGUGAAGCUUACCUGGUGGGGCUCUUUGAGGACACCAACCUAGCAGUGAUCGGCGUUAUGUCUGGCAGAGGGAAAGGAGGCAAAGGACUCGGCAAAGGCGGAGCCAAGCGGCAUCGUAAAGUGCUCCGGGACAACAUCCAGGGCAUCACCAAACCGGCCAUCCGCCGUCUGGCUCGGCGUGGCGGCGUCAAGCGGAUCUCGGGUCUGAUCUACGAGGAGACCCGUGGGGUGCUGAAGGUUUUCCUGGAGAACGUGAUCCGGGAUGCGGUCACCUACACCGAGCACGCUAAGCGCAAGACUGUCACUGCCAUGGAUGUGGUGUACGCUCUGAAACGCCAGGGCCGCACUCUCUAUGGCUUCGGCGGUUGAGGAACUCUUCGUUCUUCCAAACACAAAACAAAGGCUCUUCUAAGAGCCGCCCACCGCCUCACGGAGAGAGCAGUGACCGGGGAGAGCAGGUCCCAUGCCAUUGACCUGAAAUGUUAACUCUUAUGCGAUUAAGUUUAAAACAAAGGGACGAAAUUAUCAGGUGAUUACUGACAAUUACACUACGGGAUUGAAAUCACUCCGAACACAGAAUGAAUGGUAUCGGGUUAUGAAGAGCGCCGAUGUUAAAUUAAGGGUCUGGCGAUUAAUAUCCAAUCUCUUAUAGUAAACGCAAUAACCCAAUCAGAGAGCGGCAAGAGAAGCGCCGGAAGUACCUCUGUUCCCCGGAUGACCUGAAAUUUGAAAAGCCCACGAAAAGGUUGUUUAUUGAACCCUAGUCUACAAAAAUAUGCAUUGACCCAUUAAUUAGCUCAAGAUUUAUUUUACAGUAACAGCCUAAGUAUUAUUUAUCUCAGCAGUUUGAAUGUUUCUAGUCAUUUAGUUUCCAAACGCCGAUCCAGUUUAUAUUCGCGGUCGGCUGCUGUAUAAACGUCACUGGUCUCUCUCAAACUGCGGUCUCAGGCGAGUUUGCAACGUGAAAAAAAGUUGUUCUCUGAAAGAACGGGAAUUCCAGUGUCUGCAGACUGAUGUGUCCCCGUGACCCGAUUAUGGUCUCGACUAGAAAUGGGACUCGAAGGCUACAUUUACUAAAGCUCAUUCCCCGUAACAGUAACAACCACAAAACCCUGGAAACCUUCCCCAAAAACAACCUGCUGUACACGGCAGGGGUUUGGGGACAGAGACACCCUGACGGUGAGGGAGAAGUUUAUCUCUGGUGUUCGCGCUGCCGUUAAUCCAACGGCACAGAACUGCUGAUUCUCUGUGUUGGUGGGUCCGGCCGUGUUGGAGUCUGCAACAAACCGGGAUGAAUUAUUGAACAAUAUUACACAAAACCAACAGGGGAAGGUCAGAGGAAAUCGGCGUGUCGGUAACACAAAAGGUUGAUGUGGGGAGAUGAAGAAGGUGACAUCUGGAUCAGAUGAGCUGCCCUUAGCUCUCUGCCACUGUCAUGUGAAUAUGGAAGCAGUAUGGUGGAGUCUGGUGGGCUUAACUGGUCUUCCACUGUGGGCAUUUGCCUCUUCUAUUCCUGCCAGCCAUCCAGGUAGCAGUGAGUGUCUGUCAGUGCCUUACUGCACCAGCUCCCUGCCUCAGGUUCCCAAUUCUCAUCCUCCGGCUCAUAUACUCCUUGGACCCUACCCUUUCACUCCCUCUGUGACCUCCUCCCAUGCUGGCAAACUCUCAUAUCUCUGCCCUCCUAUCUUUCUGGUCGCUUUCAUCUACUCACAUUCCUGCUUUUAGAUUGGUAGCAUGUGCCCAGUGGUGUGUUGCAGGGAUCCACGUUGUUUGUUAAUGAUCUGCAUAAGGUGUGGGACAACAACAUUGCAGAUAACACCAACAUUAAUGGUGUAGUAGACAAUGAUGAAGGCUGUCUCUACUAAUAGGAUGUACAUCAGGAAAUGAUAGCUGAAAUUUAAUUCAGACAAAUCCAAAGCAUAGCCUUUGGUUGGUGAAACCAGGACAGAUGAUUACACAGUAAUCAAUCCUCUAUCCAAU